AUUUUUUUGAUCUCUUUCAUCGUUAUUGUCUCGCCCAUGGAUAGUGUCUCUCGACGAUUAUUAAAAGAAUUAAGGGACUUUGAUCGGGAAUCUUCAACUCACCCCGAGAUUGUUGAAUUGUCUCCAGUGGACGACGACGAUUUGCUGCAUUGGAAGGCGAAAUUAGCAGGACUCAAGGAUACACCUUAUGAAGGAGGUGUAUUCGAUCUUUCCAUCCAAAUUCCUACCACCUACCCUAUGCAACCUCCCACCAUUCAGUUCGAGACUACCAUUUGCCAUCCCAACAUCCAUUUCAAAACGGGUGAAAUUUGCUUGGAUAUUCUCAAAACAGCUUGGUCUCCAGCUUGGACCUUAAAAUCGACAGUGCUGGCCAUUUCGUUAUUGCUGACCAAUCCCGAACCAUCGUCGCCAUUGAACUGCGACGCCGCCAAUCUUUUGCGUUGCCAAGAUAUGUUGGGCUAUGAAAACUUGAUUCGAAUGUAUACCCAGUUAUACGCAGUAACAAACAAAUAGACAAAAUGGGGAGAAUAAAAGAGAUAUUACGCAUGUUGAUGAGAAGAAUGUUG